GUAGCCUAGUGCCUUAUGAGAUUUACUUUCUGUUAAGCGCAAGACAAAUAAAUUCAUAAAUAUUGAUUAACUUAGAAGGUUGGACACAAUUUUUUCUUUCUCUGCGACUGAAGAUUUCGAAAUGACGCGGUAUUAGGGAUUUGUAAACCACUGAUAGCUACAAGGCUAGUUAGGGUGUGUUUAGAUCAGUGAAUUUUAGACUUUAAAAAAACUAAAAGAUUAGUGAAAGAAGGAUAGGGUUUAACCUUACGAUGUAGGCAGAACAUAAUUUAACGCGAUUUUAGAAUUUUGAAAUACUUUUUUUUUUCAUUUGAACAUUCGUUACAUUUAAUCUUCAAGACUGACCAGACAUGCCCGGGCAGGGGUAUAACGCCCUGGGGUACAACCCCAAACCCUACCAGGGGACGAUCGGCGGUGGUAACAUGAGCUACAACCUUGUCACGAGCAACAAGGUCACCCCCUACAAGGGCAACAUUAACCCAAAUGAUAGGACCUUCAAACCAAAGGAAUACAAGCAGACCAUAGAUACAAAAUUCAAAAGGAAAGUGCCGCCUCCACCAAAACAACCGAAACAAAAACCACCCAAAGCUGCUGCUUCCAGAAGAGCACCUAACCCUAAUCUGAAAACGGCAAAGGUCAAAGGUUACGAACCCAACAUCAAAUGGACACCAGGACAACAGCAGAUCAAACCCUACGAACCCAAACCCUACAAGGGUUCGAUUCCCUCUCAGCCCACGCCUGUGAAAAACUAUGAACUACCUGAAAAUUACUACGGCUUUCCUAAAGGAAAAAGAAGGCCGACGCCCCCUCGUCAGCCGACGCCCGUGAAGGAGCAGAAAAUAAAACGUAACAAAGUUCAACCACUGGAACCGCCCCCUCCUCGUCAGGUGACGCCCCCGAAACCAUACAGCGGCAGGUGA